CAAUUAUAUGUAAAUAACACCUCUAAACAAUUAAGUAUUGAAAUGGGUAUUGUAAAAUUCUACAAAUCUAAAAAUGCCUGAAGCAUGCUAGGUGACAUCCAUCUAACCAAACGCUUAGUAGUGAUCGCUUUAGUUCUUGGCAUUAUUUUGAUUUUGAAGGAGUACGUAUUUAUUUAUCCGAUAUGAGUAGCCGUAGGGUUGCAUAUUUCUACAAUGCGGACGUGGGGAACUUCCACUACGGGCCGGGGCACCCGAUGAAGCCCCAUAGACUUUCCGUUACGCAUAGUUUGGUGUUAAAGUAUGGGCUGCAUAAGAAAAUGCAGGUAUACAAGCCGUAUAGGGCAAGUGCUCAUGACAUGUGCCGGUUUCACAGUGAGGACUACAUAGAGUUUCUGUCCAAUGUUACGCCGCAAAAUAUACAGAGCUAUUCAAAAGACUUGCUCCACUACAAUGUUGGAGACGAUUGCCCAGUCUUCGACGGGCUGUUCGAUUUCUGCUCCAUGUACACAGGCGCAUCUCUAGAAGGUGCUAUGAAGCUUAACAAUAAUGCCUGCGACAUUGCCAUUAACUGGUCUGGUGGUCUUCAUCAUGCUAAAAAGUUUGAACCUUCUGGAUUCUGCUACGUAAACGACAUAGUCAUAGCAAUAUUAGAGCUCCUAAAAUACCAUCCUAGAGUACUGUACAUUGACAUAGACGUCCACCAUGGAGACGGAGUCCAGGAAGCAUUCUACCUGACUGACCGAGUGAUGACUGUCAGCUUCCAUAAGUAUGGGAACUACUUUUUCCCUGGGACUGGAGACAUGUAUGAGGUUGGGGCUGAAAGUGGGAGGUAUUACUCGGUGAAUGUGCCGCUGAAGGAAGGGAUUGAUGACCAAAGUUAUGUUAUGGUAUUCAAGCCAGUGAUUUCUAGCGUAAAUGAGUUCUACCGUCCCACGGCCAUCGUGCUACAGUGCGGUGCAGAUUCUCUGGCAGGCGACCGGUUGGGAUGUUUCUCUCUGUCCACUAAAGGCCAUGGGGAGUGCGUUAACUUUGUGAAGACCCUGAACGUGCCUACGCUAGUUGUAGGUGGUGGCGGGUACACACUCCGAAACGUAGCUCGCUGCUGGACGUACGAGACCUCCCUUCUGGUCGACGAGAACAUCUCCAAUGAGCUCCCUUUGACGGAAUACUUGGAGCUGUUCGCGCCUGACUUCCAGCUACAUCCAGAGAUUAGCAGUACGAACAACGCCAACAGCAAACAAUACUUGGAAGCUAUAACAAAGUACACAUACGACAAUCUUAGGAUGUGCCAGCACUCGCCCGCCGUACAGAUGUCACAUGUGCCAGGUGACUUCUUCCCCGAAGACUACAAGAUCAAAGACGAGCCGGACCCCGACAUCCGCAUCAGCCAAGAGGAGUCCGACAAGAUGGUGGAGCCCAAGAACGAGUUCUACGACGGCGACACCGACCACGACAAAGAGGCCGUCGUUAAAGAGGAGCCAUAGCAGGCGGCCGCCACCGGCGACAGCGGCGCUACUUGACACACACACUAUAAGAAGAAGUUCAUGUGAAUAUACUGUACAAUAUUAGUCGGAGAUACUAUUCUCUACCCGGAGGACUUUAGAAAGGUCUUCUUAAAAAUCAAAAAUGCAUUUGUCUUCGGAAGAUUUGAAUACCAGGACCUUUAGAUGGUUAAAAAAAGAAAGGGAUAUGAUAAAUAUAGGUUAUUUUUAGGCUUCCGUACCCAAAGGGUAAAAACGGGACCCUAUCACUAAGAUUUCGCUGUCCGUCCGUCUGUCUGUCACCAGGCUGUAUCCCAUGAACCGUGAUAGCUAGACAGUUGAAAUUUUCACAGAUGAUGUAUUUCUGAUGCCGCUAUAACAACAAAUACUAAAAACAGAAAAAAAUAUAUUUAAGUUUGCUCCCAUACAACAAACGUGAUUUUUUUGCCGUUUUUUUGUGUAAUGGUGCGGAACCCUUCGUGCGCGAGUCCGUCUCGCACUUGGCCCGUUUUUUUAGUUCAACAUCUUUUUAAGGGGGUUAGUGACAUUUUUCCCGGGCGCUCGCGGUAUCGCGGGGGAUUUUACCCCGUCGGUGUGCGCUGUGCGCAGUAAAUCCUCUUCGGUGAUCUGCGCUGCGCUCCGCCGGUUUACGCAGACCUUAAAUGUGAACGUCCCUGCUUUAUGUGAAUAAGAGCUCGUUCCCACUGUCGGAUGUCGGGACGACUUUUAAUCGGGUGUCGGUGCCAUUUUAACGACAGGCCCCACACGCGAUGCGACGCGCGGGAGGCACAGGGGGUGCGGCGCGGGCGGGGUCGGUCCAACAUCCGACAUCAUGCGAACAGCGCCGCCGACACGAUUAUUUUCCGGACGGAGGGCUGACAAAACACACGAUAUUUUAUGUCGGAUCCGACACAAAAUCGUUGUCGUUCGUGUGUGAAUAGCUUCAUAUAAAAUGUUCUGCCGCUACGACACCCGAUUAAAAAUCGUCCCGACCGACAUAGUGGGAAUGAGCUCUUAGGUACCAAAGGGGGCCCGGUACUUAAGCUUGCCUACUUUCAAAAUUUCAUACUAUUAUAAGUGUCAUUGGGUUCAAAUUUUGCA